UGCGGCAUAUAUUGUAGCCUCGCGAGUUCGUCAGCGCACAAUGCGACGCGUCUUACAGCGGCCGAUACGUUUUUCCUAUCAAAUCCGAGCAUAAUUGUACAAAGAAAUGUUCGCCGUUUAUCGCUGUCGCUCUCUCGCUUUCGCGCGGGGCCUCGCGAAGCUACGACACGGUGCCAUCGGCCAUUUUGCCGCCCGAAGAAACUAAUGGCCAUCUCUGACAUCAACAUACACGCGAAUUCCUUCAGGAGCGCGUUUCGUCAAAACAACAGCGCAGUUUCGUCGAUGCGUUACGGCACGUAGCGCGUGUUUACAUCGUGACGCACAGCGGCAACGGCGACAACGUGCCGACGAUUCGUUCGUCAGUCACGCAACGUGCAGCAACGUCACUGUAGAAUGCACUUGUGUAACUGUCGCGUGUGUGACGUCUAACCUAUGACUCUCCGUUCGAGAACACGUAGGAGUAGUGGAUCACGAGUGGAAUAGAGUCGCGUUAUUUCGAUCUACGCCGUGGAGAAACGCGAUCGCAGCGAUGAUCGAUGAGUUCGACGGAUAAUAUUGUCGGGAAGUGAUUGCAGAUCUCGCAGAUCAUUAUUCGUCGAGUUCUCGCCGGCUGCACGGGGAUCGCUUCCUAUUUACAAACCGAGGGAGAAUUCACUCGUGUACAUCGGCGACGCACGACAACGCGCUCGAAACUGCGCGAAGAACUGUACAAACGUCUACUCCGAGCAAUUGAACGAUAAUCAACGAAUUGUACAAUAAAAUAUUUGUCGCUUCUUCCUAGUUUAGCAUACUGGGACAUCGUUUGCGUUGCGUGAGAGAUUUCAUUGAGAAAUUAAGGCUUCUGCGACGCACUUUGAUGAUUUUGACCAAAAUUUCAUUUGUAUUUAAGCAAUAAUAGCGUGGCCAUCGCGGAAAGAAUACUCCACUCCAUGCACCAGUGGUAGCUGAAAUAUUUUUGUAAGAUUAUAAGCCUGUGAAGAGCGCAGGACCAGCACAGAUUACAAAUAAUAGUAUUAUUCUUAAGGCGUCACGUGGAGAAUUGGCUGUACAGAUUAUUGUGCGGCGUACACAAAGGAGAAUACUUUUUAUAUAAAGUGUCAGUCAACUUUGCGUGGAAAAAUCACACGCUGUAUCGAGUGCCACGCAUAGGGAAAAGCUUCAAGAACAAUCAGCUUAGUGCCAUGAAUAUUUCUGCCUGCUGAAAUUAAUAUUAUUGUAUCUGCGAUAUGAAAGGUACCGAGGACGAAGUCUGACUGAGGGUAUCCUGGAUGUUCAGAUAGUAGUCUCUAUCAUUUGAUAAAUAUGGAUGAGAGAAGGGUAGCGGAUUAUUUUGUUAUCGCCGGUUUACCCGGGCAAGAUGACGAUCACAGUCAAGACAGCGAGACUAAUGACAAACUGGAGGACUGGUGCCAGGAAGGCACUCAUCUGAAGGACAUGCAUAUGCCACCUCCGAUCACGGAUCUUGCUGUAAUAUUCCCUGCAUUGGGAGAACACUGUCCGGAGGGAUACACACUGUUGGAUCAAACCGUAAUGGGUUUCCCCGCGGACUUGAAUCAUGGGAGCUUACGAACAAACGAGUGUUACUUAUGUUAUAGAAGAGGACGAGAUAAGCCUCCUUUAGUCGAUAUCGGUGUAAUAUAUGACGGGAAAGAACGUAUAAUGCAGGAUGCUGAAAUAGUAUUAGAAACCCCUAAAGGCCAUGUGGCGAAUGUAAAUAAUUCUACUUCAAAAAUUUUUGUAACAUAUAGACGAGCAAGUCGGAAGAUGCCUUGCAAUUCUCUUGUCGUUACCGACAUAUGUGUUAUCUUAACGAAUAAAGGGGAGAGCCCGCCCCACGCAUUCUGCGUUAUCAAUAAGAAUUUAAACAAAGGAAUGCUAGGCAGCGAUGUAUUUUUGUGCUACAAGAAGUCUAUGAAUCGCGCGAAUCUGAUAUCAUUCAAACCGGCAAUACUCUACAAAUAUCCCAUGGCUGAUUACAGCAGUUUUGUCUUUCCAAACUCCGUCGCCAUGUUUUGUUUACCGAUGGGCGCAACUAUAGAAUGCUGGCCUAAAGUAGCGUGUAAACCUAAACCAGUAUUCUCGACAUUCGUCUUAACGGUUGCCGAUGCUGCUCAAAAGAUAUACGGCUCAGCAAUAACAUUUUACGAGGAGCUUCAACUGGAAUUGGAAACUCCAAAUUGCAUAAACAAUCAGGAGAUCAUGGACACCGUUGACGAGAAUAACAAAAAUAGCGAUACUGAAAUCACUAAAGACAAGCCGCAGGUGAAAAUGAAGAUAUUCAAGGGAUCCGGCAUACUUAAGAAGCUUAAUAUAUUGCAAUUGGAAAAGUUGCAGUACACAGACCCCGCGAACCAGUCGCUGAACAUCAGCAAAUCCAUAUGCAUACUGUCUCACUGGCCGUUCUUCGACACGUUCGAGAAGUUCUUGGUUUUCCUGCACGGCAUGGUGAACGGCAAGCCGCAGAGUGUGCCGAUCGAAAAGUACAUAUCGUAUUUCUUGUGCGAUAUACCGUUUCCGAGCCCGCAACGUCCGAGGAUCUUGGUGCAGCUCAGCAGUCAGGACAGACUGAUCUUGACGCAGCCGGAGGAUCUGGCUCUACCCAGAUCGGGCGCAAGUUUUCGGCAGUUGCUGAUAAAUCUGGGACCUGACAACUGUCUGCUGAUACUGUUGUUAAUAUUAACCGAGCAGAAAAUACUGGUUCACUCUUUACGCCCGGACGUACUUACUUCAGUGAGCGAAGCCAUCGCUAUGAUUCUAUUUCCUUUCAAAUGGCAGUGUCCUUAUAUACCUUUGUGUCCGCUGGGAUUAGCAGAGGUAUUGCAUGCACCGUUGCCGUUCUUAAUUGGUGUGGAUUCAAGAUUCUUCGACUUAUACGAUCCUCCUUCUGACGUUAAUUGCGUCAAUUUGGAUACAAAUAAUAUUGCAAUUUGCGACGAUAAGAAAUAUUUAAGUGUGAAGUUGCUUCCUAAAAAGGCAGCUCGGCAGCUCAGAAAUUGGUUGGAGCUUUUAUCGUCGAAAAUUAUUUCGUGGGGAAAGACAAACUGUUCCCAGAAAGAUCGCGGAGACGAAGAUUUCAGCGUGGACAGAGAAUUUCAACAAAAACGAAGGGAGCAAGCUUUGGAACUCGAAAUUCAGGAUGCCUUCUUGAGAUUUAUGGCGACGAUUCUCAAAGGAUAUCGAAGUUAUUUGUUGCCGAUCACAAAAGCACCUACCGUUGGAACAACGGAUCCCACGAGUUUGUUUAAUAUCCAAGCGUUUUUGAGGAGUCGCGAUAAAGCUCACGCUAAAUUUUACACCAUGCUUGUCAGGACACAGAUGUUUAUUAGGUUCAUAGAAGAAAGAAGUUUUGUGUCCGAUAUGGAUAUGGCAGGAUUAGCGUUUUUUGACGAGUGUACAGAACGAGUUGAGGAAGAAAAUGUAACUCUCUUGGAACUGGAUGAAUCUCAGCACAGUGAACGCACAGUAUUUAUACCUCCGCCUGAAGCAGGGACAAAUCAAACACCAAUAAUAUACAAAUCAUUCAAAUUGAAUCCAGAUCUGAUGAGGCCUCAGAAGAACUUCUGCUUGAAGAAUCCAUCUUUAAGUGCCUUCGGUAUGGUACCUGGGAGUCCUAUGGCUCGUAGAACAAAGCACGAAAUCAAAGUUGCUCAAAAAAUGGCUCGAAAACAAGCUGCGAUGCCUGACAGAUGGGGCAGGUGUCUGCUUGGCACAUGCUACAGCCUUUGGUUUCUGCACUUGCCGGCUAUGUUGCAAGUUUCUAGCCAACCUGCUGCAAUUUUGCAUCAAGCUUACGAGUUAUUAGUUAAAAUGCAAAAAUUGCGUCUCGAUCCUAUGGAAGAGGUGUGCUAUCGAGCUAUGAUGCAGCUUUGCGGCGUUUAUGGUCAACCAGUUUUAGCUGUAAAAUUAUUGUUUCAUAUGAAACGUAGUGGUGUUCAACCUAAUGCUUUAACAUACGGAUUUUACAACAAGGCUGUUCUCGAGGCAACAUGGCCUUCUGACAUGACAAAUUCGAGUCAGUUGAUGUGGAACAAACUGCGAAAUGUUAUUGUCGGUGCAGCUUUAUUUAAAAAGGCUGGAAAGAAGAGUGCUAGAAGACGACUGAGCUCUAACGUGGACUUUUUAACCACCGAUAAGACUGAAGGCAUGGAGCAUGCGCUCUCCCGGUCUAGUCUUGAUAGUUCUCAUUCUCAAGACACAGAAGCUGCGCACAGCGAUUCCACGAAAGGCAGCUCUGUGUCGGAUUUACCUGGAUUUGGAUCGUUUGAAUUAAAAGCCAAGCUCCUUCGACAAAACAGUAUUGUGAAAGAUCAAGCAACAUUAAGUAUGUUACAGUCGGACGAGUUGGAUCAGGCACCGAGUAAUCCAAGGCUAACGCGCAGUGUUGAAUCACCAUUAAAAAGUCCCAUACGCACACCAGUUACGGAAAAUGACCCAUUGGGUGCUCUCAUUAAUGACGAAACACCGAUUGUGUCACCUUCCGAGGAGAACGAUUCGAAUUGCUCAACAAGUACUUUAACCGUUUUAAAUAAUACAACUGAAGAGAGACCAGGAGGGCCGCUCUUAUUUAGAAGCAACAUUCUCCCACGUAGUGCAACCUUUCAUCAAGCAGUAGAUGAAAGUGGUGUGACAGUGGGCGGGCAUUUACAGAGGAGUGAGACGAUGCCGCACUCCGUGGCGCAGCAGGGCGAACAGGAGAGAGAAAAGGAGAGACUAGAAAUAAGCAGUCUUUGGUCUCAGAAUAAGGAUAGUGUAACAUCCAGCCUCUCUAGCUUAGGAUCUAGUCUUAAAAUUAGUUUCGGACGAUACUCCACGGGUGGAUUGGCAUUUGCUAAAAAUAAGGAUUUAAUAUCGUCGACUCAACUUAUUGAAUCUCUUAGUCUCUCCAGCUACAUCAGUCCAUCGAGUUUGACAGGGAAGAAGUCGAACGAGAUAAUACUCGGUGGUCUCAACAGCUUGAAGUCUGCUGCGACAACCGUUGUGAAGAAAUUCGACGAAAUAAAGGAAGCCAUCUCGGCGACAAGUACGCCGGUAAAAAUUAAGGAACGCGAACAAAAGCUUGCCUACGGCGUAUCGCACGAAUCUCUGGAUUCCCUCACUGAUGGAUCCUUACAGGAUCGAAAUGAAACUUCGACAAGAGCGUCAGGUGAUGGAAAUUUAGAUUUAUGUUCAUUAUACGAACUCGCAGAAUGCCUGUAUCCAAAGGGCACUAGAGAAUUAGAAGAACGUCUUGCCAUCGAACUUGUGCUUUCCAGUGCGAGUAGGUGUCAUCAUUGCGCCGCUAUUCUGUACGACGAGGAGAUCAUGGCUGGCUGGCAGCCGGAGGAUUCAAAUUUGAACACAGUGUGUCAGUAUUGUGACAAGGCGACCGUACCCCUUCUCACAGUUACAAUAUUAGACUACAGAUGCGAAGCGAGUGAAAAGAAUAAUGACCCUUUGAUGGGAGCACUGGUAGAAUUGUUAGAUCGACCGAAAGAAUCGUUGGAACCUAUAACGGUGCCAUAUUUAAAUCCACUAGUUCUGAGAAAAGAAUUGGAGAGUGUGUUGAGUCAAGAAGGGGAUGCUUGCCUUACCAAGCACAGGUUCAUCCAGGAGCAUCCGAUAGUGUAUUGGAAUCUGAUCUGGUAUUUCGAAAGGAUCAAUUUAACAAGUCAUCUACCCGAUCUCUGGCUGAACAGCGAUAAAAACUUGGAGGUGCAAAGAGCAGUAGGAUCAGUAGGUGUUAGAACCAUGUGGGAUAACGAGUGUCUACACAUGGAUCGUUUGCCUAUGUAUCUUCAAUGGAAAUUAAAUUCUACAGAGGAUAGAACGUUAAUGCAGACAGUGAUCACGUAUGUCCGUUGCAACGAUUUAGCAGAACCUAUAAUAAGAGUGGCCUUAGAAAGAAGUAAACAUCAAACAGGCGAUCAUCCGUUUUCUAUAUACAGAGAUGUCCUGUUUCUAGCAUUUACUGUAUUAGGCAGGACGAAUAUUGACCAAGGCGUUUUUGACAGAGAAUACAGUUUAUCGCUGGAGAAAUUCUCCGAGAACGAGGAAAAGUUAUUGCAUAAAAUUGACGCGCCACCGACAAUGAUGUCGGUGUACUGCAGAUAUUAUUUCAAACAGUUGAAUGUCUGAAGAACGCGAGCGAUCUCAGUCUCGAAACAUUUGAGGGAAGUUGUUUCCGUUUGAAGCGUUUGGAGGAAGUGCGACGUCACGCGAAUGACGAAUGCUUCCGCGUACAAGCAUUUUGGCUCAACUUUCGCAAAUCCAGACGAGACGAAUCGCGUGCGACGGACAAAUGUCGAAGCACGCACCAUCACGUUCCAAGAUAUCCGACGUAACGUCUUUAACGCGGCGUUCUCUCCUGCAUGUUGAAUGCUUAUUAUUAUCUAACAUGGAGGAAUUAUUAAUGUUACGGAUGAUUUGCGCUCGAGUCCAAUUUACCGCGCUAUGUUUUUUUUAAAUAGCGCGAACUGCGACUUUGCGUCGCGGCGUCUCAUCGGACUUGGCGUAUAAGCUGACGUACCUCAUUUUUGUUUCUUCGCGAAACUCCGCUUACUCCGCUGACACCCGUGAUACUUGUCUUUGCUUGCGCAAAAAUGUAGACGGAUCGUCGGAUUCGGGCCCUCAGUUGUGCUAUGAUUCUCAAACUUCGAACACACGCUUGCACGCGAGAGUUGACGGCAGGAAUAGUUAUCGGUGGCCGGUUGGCAUUAACAUUAUUCACUGUUAAUUGCGGUUAACUGAAUUUUCCCAUCUGCAUCGCGAGAACAGACUGUGAUCUAGAAAAGAGCGGAGAAUUAUUGAUCGCAAUUAGCCGGAAUUGUCGGUGCUGCCGAUCACGCAAGAUGAAAUAAAAUCCAGGUUGGUGCAAUAAAAAAAAAUUUAACGUUUAAAUAACGAUUUUUAACUAAUUGUUUAACUAAUUGUACAUCUCUGAUCUUCGUAUGUUUAUAUUGUGAUUUGUAAUAAUUAUUACCUUGUAUUUUUUUUGUUUUUUUGUUACAAAUCGCGUCGGGCAUGUCUGAUUUGUGAUUCGACAAUUCGCGCAGCGCAUUAGCAAGUAUCUAAGAGUACAACGUUGAAAAGUGUUAAGUACCAAAGAAUUCACGGACUGUAAAGCGACUGCAAAUUCAAUUCCCUCCAGGUGUGCUGUGACCUUAAACACGUUUCAGUCCGAUACUAAUAUCCCUAAUGUAAAAAAUAUAAAAAUAAAAGGCUGUCACGUCGGUAUUGAAGUAGACAUUUAAUGCGCCGACUAUUUUUUUUACUGCAAAAAAAGCGAGAGAAAGAGAGAGAAAGAGAGAAAGAGAGAGUGACAUAAGGUAUCGUUUGACAUGACGAAAUGCAGUAUUCUUUCCUUGUACUCUUAGAUAGAAAUGAUCGUUAAUUGCACGACAAACACAAAACGUAAGUAUCAUUUCUCUAAAUCCCAGGUGAAAAGUGUUCUUCACGUGUCGUUGAACUCGACUAUAUUACCCUCCCAAAGCGGAAUACUUAGCAUGAGAGUGAAUAUUUUUAUGAAUUUUAGAUGUUUCGAGCAUUUGUAAUGACUUAGCAAACUUAGUUAGACGACGCUAUAUCCACGAUUUAUUAAUGUCCACGUUUGGAAUGGAAUGAUGAGGUUAUUCGUUGCGAAAGAACUCACGUACGGCUUCUCGGCGCCGUGCACUUUUCACCUCGGACACCGCGGAUGAAUGUAUAUUCAUUCAUUUUAAUAUUAUGAAUGUAGAUUAUGAAAAUAAAGUCAAGUUGAGGUAUUUUGCAGAA